AUAUGCGAAUUUUCAGACGAACGUGAAAACGUGCAGAAAAAAACUUUUACGAAAUGGGUUAACUCGCAUUUGUUGCGAGUAAAUUGUAAGAUCCAUGAUCUUUAUAUGGAUAUGCGUGAUGGAAAAAUGCUUAUCAGACUGUUGGAGGUGUUGUCCGGGGAACGAUUGCCUAAACCAACUCGCGGAAAAAUGCGUAUACAUUGCCUAGAAAAUGUAGAUAAAGGACUGCAGUUUUUGCGGGAUCAGCAUGUUCACUUGGAGAAUCUCGGUUCUCAUGACGUUGUUGAUGGAAAUCCUCGGCUUACUCUUGGUCUUAUCUGGACAAUCAUUUUACGAUUCCAGAUUCAAGACAUAACAUUUGAAGAUGCAGAUAACCAAGAAACGCGAAGUGCUAAAGAGGCCUUGUUAUUGUGGUGUCAGAUGAAAACGGCUGGAUAUCCGAACGUGAACGUGAGAAAUUUUACCACUUCGUGGCGGGAUGGUUUAGCCUUUAAUGCACUCAUUCAUAAGCAUCGUCCCGAUCUUAUUGAAUAUGAGAAACUUCAAAAAUCCAAUGCACUGUUUAAUCUUGGUAAUGCUUUUGAUACAGCUGAGCAACAACUUGGACUCACAAAAUUCCUCGAUCCUGAAGAUGUGAAUGUGGAUGUUCCGGACGAGAAAUCAAUUAUCACAUAUGUGGUUACAUAUUAUCAUUAUUUCAAUAAAAUGAAGCAAGAGACCAUCCAAGGAAAAAGAAUUGGCAAAGUAGUAAAUGAAUUGAUGGAGAAUGAAAAAUUGGUUGGCGAAUACGAACGAUUAUCAAGCGAUCUUCUUGAAUGGAUUCGUCAGACAAUCGAAACUCUUAAUGACCGUCGUUUUGUUAAUUCUCUUAGUGGUGUACAAAAGCAGUUGGCGGAAUUUAAUAGUUAUCGUACGAAGGAAAAGCCACCUAAGUUCAACGAAAAAGGCGAUUUGGAAAUACUGCUGUUUACUAUACAAAGUCGUAUGCGAGCAAAUAAUCAAAGGCCCUAUCUUCCUCGCGAGGGAAAGCUUAUUGCGGAUAUUAAUCGUGCAUGGGAGAGUUUGGAAAGGGCAGAACAUGAAAGGGAGCUGGCGUUAAAAGAAGAAAUUAUUAGGCAAGAAAAAUUAGAACAGUUGGCAGCUCGUUUUGAUCGGAAAGCUGGGAUGCGUGAAACGUGGUUGAGCGAAAAUCAGCGGCUUGUCAGCCAGGAUAACUUUGGCACCGAUCUUGCUAGUGUUGAGGCAGCUACUAAGAAGCAUGAAGCAAUUGAAACUGAUAUAUAUGCUUACGAAGAGCGUGUUCAAGCCGUAGUGGCCGUAGCUGAUGAACUAGAAGCUGAAAACUACCAUGAUAUCAAUCGAAUUAAUGAAGGCAAAGAAAAUGUUUUGCGACUGUGGAACUAUUUAUUGGAGUUAUUGCUGGCCCGUAGAGUUCGGCUGGAAUUAUCAAUGGCAGUACAACGAAUCUUUCAUGACAUGGUUCAUGUACUGGACUGGUGUGAUGAGAUCAAAGCCCGUUUAUUGUCUGAAGAUCUUGGGCAACAUUUAGAAGGGGUGGAAGAUCUGCUUCAGAAACACGCAUUACUGGAAUCGGACAUUAACAUCAUUGGUGACAGAGUCCGAGCCGUAAAUGGUCAAGCUGAGAAGUUUACGGCGCCAAGUGGACCGGAUGGAAGCGGUUACAAGCCGGUGGAACCAUCACUGGUUGAGGAACGAAUGCAAAUUUUAGUAGAUCGUUAUGCAGAGCUUAAAAAGCUUUCGGAAGAACGUAAGCGUCGUCUUGAAGAUAAUCUCCGUUUAUAUCAAUUCUGGUGGGAUGUAGCUGAACUUGAACAAAAUUUGAAAGAAAGUGAACAGGUUCUAACGUCACCUGAUACUGGACGGGAUAUGGUUUCGGUUUCUUUACUCCUGGCGAAGCAUAAAAAUGCUGAACAAUAUCUUGAUAUGGCUGGUCGUAGAUUGGAUGAUCUUGAUAAAGAGGGAGAAAAGCUUGAAGCAGAAAAUAUCCCAGGAUCGGAAGCAAUCAAAGAACGCUUAGCUACUGUCCGAGACUACUUUAACAAAUUGAAGGAGUUAGCAGAUGAACGGCAUAAGCGUUUAGCUGGAGGUGUCAAUUAUUACCAGUUCUUUAAUGAUGCGGACGAUGUGGAUGCUUACUUAGUAGAUACUCUUCGACUUGUUGGAAGCGAAGAUGUUGGUAAAGAUGAAGGUACUGUACAGUUAUUGAUAAGAAAACAUGAUGACGUUAGUGAGGAUCUGCUGAAAUUCGAUGAAAAUAUCAAACAAUUACACCUGCAGGCUGAAAUGCUACCAGCUGAUGCUAGAACUCAUCCAGAUGUGCUGGAACGUCUGGAUACCACUCUGCGCCGCAAGGCACAACUUGAAGAGUUGUCUCGUCUUAGAAAGCAGAGAUUAUUAGAUGCCCUUUCUCUUUAUAAAUUAUUUAGUGAUGCAGAUAGCAUUGAAGCUUGGAUCGACGAAAAGGGCAAAUUACUUGCAACAUUGGUUCCCGGUGGAGAUCUUGAGGAAGUUGAAAUCAUGAAACAUCGUUUUGAAACUCUUGAAACAGACAUGAAUAACCAAGCUGCAAAAGUCGCCACUGUUAAUGAACUCGCCCGUCAGUUGCUUCAUGUUGAUCAUCCUAAUUCUGAAGAAAUACUGCAAAGGCAAAAUAAACUCAAUGCAAGGUGGGCUCAGUUACGUGAUAUGGUAGAUCAGAAACGGACUGAACUCGAUCAAGCUCAUCGUCUUGAAACGUUCCGUAUUGAUUGUCAGGAAACAGUUUCUUGGAUUGAAGACAAAACUCGUGUAUUGGAAGAUGCUGAUGACCUGACAAAUGAUUUAACUGGUGUCAUGAAACUUCAGCGGCGACUUAGUAUGAUGGAACGAGAUCUGGGUGCUAUACAGGCCAAAUUGGAUUCCUUGCAAACUGAAGCAGCGGAGAUUGAAAAAGAGAAACCGUCGCAUGCUGCAAUAAUUCGUGACGAUAUUAGACGUAUCCAACAAGUUUGGGAUGUAUUGAAUCGUAAAGUUAGAGAACACGAAGCUAAAUUGGAUGAAGCUGGCGAUUUGCAACGGUUCCUUCGUGAUCUUGACCAUUUCCAAGCAUGGCUUACUGCUACACAACGGCAGGUAGCGUCAGAAGAUGAGCCUCAGUCUUUGGCAGAUGCUGAGCAAUUAUUAAAUCAACAUGCGGCUAUUCGUGAAGAAAUUGACGGAUAUGCAGAAGAUUAUGUUAAGAUGCGUGCAAUGGGUGAUCGUGUCACUCAAGAUCAAACUGAUCCUCAAUAUAUGUUCCUUCGACAGCGUUUAGCAGGAUUAGAGGAAGGUUGGGAAGAAUUGCAACGCAUGUGGGAUAACCGCCAACAUCUGCUCAGUCAGGGUCUAAAUCUUCAGAUGUUCCUUCGUGAUGCUAAACAAGCUGAAGUUAUCCUGUCACAACAAGAAAACUAUUUAACUAAAGAGGAAGCACCUAGUUCAUUGGAACAAGCAGAAAAUAUGUUGAAAAAACAUCAAGAUUUUCUCACUACUAUGGAUGCAAACGACGAGAAAAUUAAGGCUGUUGUUCUAUUUGGUGAUCAACUUUGCACUGAUGGACAUUAUGCCGCAGACAAGGUCCAUAAAAAAGCUCGAAAUAUCGAAGAACGACGUGAAGCCAACAGAGAAAAAGCAGCCGCAGUAUUUGCCAAGUUGAAGGAUGCACUUGCCUUGCAACAAUUUUUAUCAGAUUGUGAAGAAUUGCGCGAGUGGAUCGAAGAAAAAAUGAUUCGAGCGCAAGAUGAAACCUAUCGUGAUGCAAAGACGAUUACAUCUAAGUUUCUUCGUCAUCAAGCAUUCCAAUCUGAGCUGCAAUCAAACAGAGAACGGCUUGACCAGCUCCGGCACGCAGCAGUUCGUCUGGCUGAAGAAAAGCCUGAAUUUGUUGGAACAAUCGAUCCACAAAUUAAAGAUCUUUCCGUACAGUGGGAACAACUGGAGAAAACUACGGUUGAAAAAGGACAGAAAUUAUUUGAUGCUAAUCGUCAGCAACUUUAUGUGCAAAGCAUUUCCGAUAUGAAGGAAUGGGCUGAACAAUUGCAACAACAAAUGUUGAGUGAAGAUACUGGUCAAGAUUUAACCACUGUCAACGUUGCCAUGCAAAAGCAGCAAUUAAUUGAGAGCGAAAUGGUUAAACGUGCUGCUCAAAUGGACUCACUGCAGCAAAUGGAACCGCAGUUAGAAGAAAUGCAUCCCGAUGAAGUAGAAGCUAUCAAGGCUCAUCGACUUGCUGUACAAGAGCAGCUGCAACGCCUACAAGCUCCACUUGAUGAUAGGCGUCGCCAGUUGGAACGAAAAAAGAAAGCUUAUCAAUUUAUGCGUGAUGUUGAGGAUGAAAAAUUGUGGUGUGCAGAACGCAUGCCUUUGGCACAUGCACGUCAAAUCGGUGAAAGUUUGUUCGACUGCAAUCGCCUUCAAAAAAAAUUGCAGUCACUUAGAAAUGAAAUUGAUAAUCACGAACCCUGGAUUGAAAAAAUUUGUGCCAAUGGUCGCGAACUAAUUGAUGAGGGAUAUGAAAAUAGUGCUGCAUUUGAAUUGAAAAUUAAUGAAUUACUAAAUACAUGGAAGGAACUGAAGGAUGCAGUCGAUGCACGUAAAGAGCAUUUAAGUGAAAGUGAAAAAGCCCACCAGUUCUUGUAUGACUGCAAUGAGGCAGAAGCAUGGAUGAGUGAACAAGAGCUUUAUAUGAUGCAGGAUGAACGCGGAAAAGAUGAAUUCUCCACUCAAAAUCAAAUUAAGAAUCACGAGCGUUUACAACAAGACAUCAAUCAGUACGCAGAUACAAUCAGAAAUUUGGCUAGCCAAGCUCAGAAAUUCGUUGAUGAGAAAAGUCCUUUACAUGAGCAGAUAAGUGUACGACAAGCACAAAUCGAAAAAUUAUACGCAGGGUUGCAAGAUCUAUGUAGAGAACGUAGAAAACGACUUGAUGAAACAUUACAGUUAUACGAGCUACAUCGUGAAAUCGAUGAUUUGCUUCAAUGGAUUGCAGAUAAAGAGGUUGUUGCUGGCUCGCAAGAAGCUGGGCAAGAUUAUGAACAUGUGCAGAUGCUCAUAGAAAGAUUCCAGCAGUUUGCUCGCGAUACUGAAACCAUUGGGUCAGAUCGUGUGUCCAGUGCAAAUGAUGCUUGUGAUCAGUUGAUCAGUCUGGGCCAUACCGAUGCACCUACUAUCGCCCUUUGGAAAGAUAGCCUUAAUGAAGCUUGGGAAAAUUUGCUAGAACUUAUGGACACACGAAUGCAACUUCUUGAAGCAUCUCGAAUGCUCCAUAAAUUCUUCCAUGAUUGUCGUGACUGCUUAUCUCGUAUCCUGGAGAAAAAUCAUGCAAUUCCGGAAGAACUUGGUCGUGAUUCUUCAUCUGUUGGUGUGCUCAAACGAAAACAUCUUACUUUUCUUAAGGAUAUUGAAGCAAUUGGUCAACAAGUAGCUCAGAUCGAAAGAGAUGCAGUAGAAUUGCGCGAUGCAUAUGCUGGAGAUAAGGCUAUCGAAAUAGGGGCUAGAGAGGCAGAAGUAACUAAAGCAUGGCGACAGUUACGGGCAAUAUGCGACUCUCGUUCUCAGCGACUUUCCGACACAUCUGACUUGUUCCGAUUCAUGAACAUGGUCCGUGAUUUGCUUUUAUGGAUGGAUGAAGUGAAACGUGAAAUGAAUACUCAAGAAAGACCCAAGGACGUAUCAGGUGUUGAACUGUUAAUGAAUAAUCAUCAGAGUUUAAAGGCAGAGAUUGAUGCACGCGAAGAAAAUUUCAAUGCUUGUAUUUCAUUAGGCCGUGAUCUUCUAAAUAGGAAACAUUAUGCCUCAUCAGAAAUUGAGAAACAAUUAAUUAAACUAACUACAGAAAGAGCAGAAAUGAUGCGGAGAUGGGAAGAUAGAUGGGAAUACUUGCAACUUAUAUUGGAAGUCUAUCAGUUUGCUCGCGAUGCAGCUGUAGCUGAGAGUUGGUUAAUGGCUCAAGAACCAUAUUUGAUAUCAAAAGAGUAUGGGCGAAAUCUCGAAGAGACUAUAAAAUUAAUAAAGAAACAUGAAGCAUUCGAAAAAUCAGCUGCAGCUCAAGAAGAGCGAUUCCUUGCGCUUGAAAAUGUGUGCUAUUUUGCAGAACGAAGUCGACUAGGUUCUUCGGAAACAUCCGGUUGGCGACUUUCGUUAUCUCGGUCGGUACGUUUCGAUGCUCAGGAUUUACGCGGCGUCGAUAUUGGUGAUGCAUUUGAAGGUGUUUUGAUCAGAAAGCAUACCUAUGAAUCGUUGUACCGAAAAGCUUCGAGCAGAUCAUGGGAAAAGGUUUAUGCAGUACUUCGUGGUUCCCAGCUGUCGUUCUUCAAGGAUCUAAAACACAAAGAGGAAAAUGUAUUUUUCCAUGGUGAAGAGCCGAUAUCUUUGGAAAAUUGUACGGUUGCAGUUGCAGCUAAUUAUACGAAAAAGAAAAAUGUGCUAUCACUGAAGCUUAGUGCUGGUGGCGAAUUUCUUUUACAAGCAGCAAGCGAGGAAGAUUUGGAACGGUGGUUGCGGCGUUUGCAAAUAGCAACUGGCCAGUCCCAAGAGGAACAGUCGCGCUCGCAAACGCUACCUGCAGAAGGCUCGUCAAAAGCUAAAAGAGGAUUUUUCAGCAGAGGCAAAAAAUAA